CUUGAAGUAAGCUCCUUUCUCGUACCUACUUCUUAUUCAAUCAAUCAAUCGAAUAACAAACACUCUGAGAUACCCCGACAACUCUCGUCUUUUCACGUCCAACACUAAAACAUAUCACGACAUUCGUCGGAGCUCACCCAUCAAUCACUACUCAACAACUCUUACCACACACCUCCACCACAUCAAUCUUCCAAAAUGGUUCGCGGCGAGGCUCACCAGACCAAGGUCCACUACAAGGGUCAGGAGGACGACUUUAUCGUCUUCGUCGAGGAUGUUGAGCUGUUCAAGAAGUGGAAGACCGACAAGUCCGUCCCUCUGGCGCACUUCAUUUCCUCUUACAAGAUCUUCGUGACGCACAAGCAAGGCAACCAAGGCACCUUCGAUGCCGCCUCCAAGUCCACGUUGGAGAAUGAGUUCGGCACCAGUGUCGAUGACAAGGUGAUUAUUCAAAUCCUCGAGAAGGGUGAGGCUCAGAACGCCGAGUUCCCUGAACGUCAAGGAAACAAGAACGACUCUCAAGGACCUAUGGUUGCCCACUAGAGGUGAACCGGCUCUUUCAAUACGAUGAUCACUACAACCGUGGCACUUGCCAGGCAGACUGGCUUAUGAGGCGUUAUGAUGUUUCGGCGGUGUUGUGCGGCAGCGAAUGGAUUGCGCUCGGUGAACGAGAGCCACGACUUCGUCAUUUCGGCAUGGAAACAUGUUCAAGCGAAAUGAAGCGCGUCUCUAAUCAAGCACUUUGCAUGCAACGGAGGAUGAAGAAUGAGGUGUGAAAACCUUGCGGAAUCUCCUUCGAGCCCAAAGAGGGUUCAAUAUCGACGCCCUGAUUCGGCACGGGGUCGAUUGCAUGGGUUCUUAACCUAGCUACUUAGAUAGCGGAAUAUGAGCACACGACUUCUCAUUGACU